UCCGUCCCCGCGCACCAUAUAUACCCAGCCUUUCCCCUUCCGCUUCACCCACCCAACUCAUUCGCCCGCUCUCCUCUUCCUCCCUCUGCCCGCACAAAAAGCAGCAAGCUCUGCUCAGCAUUUUGCUCCAAAGAAACCUACACACGCAUACCAUGGCGGCAUCAGCGGCCUGCUCCUUCUUCUUCUUCGAUGCCGAGCCGCUCGGCGAGCCCGGCAUGCCGGCGCAGGACGCGUGCGCGCUCUGCACCAAGCCGUUCGCGCGCGACAGCGACAUCUUCAUGUACAAGGGCGACACGCCCUUCUGCAGCGAGGAGUGCCGCGACGAGCAGAUGCAGCUCGACGCCAUCGCCGCGAGGCAGGCCGCCCGGAGGCAGCAGCGGUUCUCGUCGGGGACGGAGGCCCGAAGCGGGCACCAGGAGUCCAGGAAGGUGUCCGUCGCAAGCUAGCCGGCGAAGCGAGCUCGGCUUGAAUCAACGGGAUCCCAAGAAUCGCCGAUCUGGCGAGACCAAGGAGAUUGAUCUCUCUCUUUUUGUCUCGCCUGAGCCGGAGAAGCAGUGAAGGAUCUGAGAAAGCUCAUGCUGAGGCUCCGGCCAUCUGGGUCGCCCGCUGGACGCAUCCUUCUCCCGGCUCCUUUUUGCCUCUGUGUGCGUGUUUGUUUGAGGCUUUUGAGCCGCGGUUGUCGCAACACCAUACCAUAUGUAAAUCGAAACCAUCUGGAAAUCCCUAUUUCGACACAAAAUUUUGCACAAA